AUCAGAUGAAGUGACCUGCUUGUUGUGGUCUAAUAAAUUAUUACUUUUCGGAAUACCAGCUACUAUCUGUAUAACUUGUUAAGCUUUAGGUAGUUAGUAGACCUUAAUAGAUGUUGUGUUGAAAGAAACAAGACGUAAAUUUACUUGUGGCUUACUAAUUUCCAUGAUAUUCUGUCCCAGCGCUGCGCUGUUGUGAUUGUAGGCCUACUUUAGGUAGGGGCUUACCUAUAUAAUUGCUGCCAGGCAUAUUUCCAGCAAGUUUGGUUGGUUAGGUUAGGUUAUGAUAGUUUGAUUUUAUAAUAGAUAUAUUUAAAAAUAUCGAUUACUAAUCAAUAUUUUCGAUUCGAUAGUUUCAAUCAAUAUUGGCGUAGCCCCGUUAAGAAACUGUACCCCAUAUUUCUCUAAGCUCGUGCGUUGUGAUACAAUAGAUGCAAUAUGAUGCAUUUUUUCAAUCUUGAGGAAAUCGAAGCACAAGGGAUUACUCCCUUGACGUAUUUGCAAGACAGUCCACCAGCAGUGACCACAAUUUCCGGUUCGGAUAGUCUUCCUCAGCCUUCAAAUAUUGACAAUUUGGAUGAAUUAUUAGCACAAAACCUUGUACCGAGUAGUGCUGAUUGGAAUCCACUAGCCCCCUUUAAUGACGAGGAAGGAAAUCCACCGCCCUCAUGUUUGUUAAGGAUUAAGAGGGAUAUGAUGGCUAUCUACCACGAACCACCUCCAGGUAUUCUAGUCGUGCCUGAUGAUCAAAAUAUGACUGUUGUCCAUGCUCUCAUCACGGGAGCUUUUGAUACUCCUUAUGAAGGAGGGUUUUUCUAUUUCAUCCUCCGAUUCCCACCUGAUUAUCCGAUCAGGCCUCCCAAAGUACGUCUAAUGACAACUGGUGGAAAUAAAGUUAGAUUCAAUCCGAAUCUUUACAAGUGUGGAAAAGUGUGUCUCAGUAUUUUAGGGACUUGGAGUGGACCAGCUUGGAGUCCAGCACAGACCCUCUCUAGCGUCCUCAUCUCCAUACAAAGUCUUCUCACCGACAAGCCUUACCACAAUGAACCAGGAUUUGAGAGGGAAAGAGUACCUGGAGAUGUAGCCCGGUACAAUGAGAUAAUUCAACACGAGACGCUAAGAGUAGCUGUCAUCGGUAUGUUGGACAAUGACUUUGCCAUCAACAUGCCAGCUCCUCUGAUCGAAGCUAUGGAGAAGAGCUUUCUGCAGUUCUUUGAGUCUUACGAAACCCUCGCACAGAGCAAAAACAGGCUCACAGGCACUACAAUGAAUGAUCCCUUUGGUGAGAGACGAGGAGUCUAUCAGUACGGACAACUUUUACAUCGACUGAGAGACAUUUACAACCGACUGACACAAAAGAGGGUGGAAGAGAGUGUUUCUUCUUCUUCUACUCCAGAUAGCAGUGAUUGAUUGUGUAUUCUCCUGUAAAGACUAACAAAAACAUUACACUUUUAUGUGAUAGAAUAGUUAUCUUUGAGUCUUAUACGUUUUGAUGGAAAACAUAACAUUUCUUCGAGUAGCUUUUUACCCUCCCUGUUGCAGCAAACCUAAGUACUUGUUAAACUAAUGUUAUUUAAAUCCUACUAAUAUUAUGAAUGAGAAAGUUUGGAUGUAUGGAUGUAUGUAUGUUUGUGACAAGUAAACACAAAAAAUACUGGUCGGAUUGGGCUGAAAUUUGGCAUGAUGAUAGCUCACAUUCCCGAUUAACAUAUAGGCAUAUUCUUAUCUCAAAAAUCCUUUUGGGCUCCACCCCAGUGGCUCUGCUGUUCCCCAUGUUAACCUUAUGAGUAUUCAUAUUUAAAGGGAAUUAAAGAAUUUAGCCAGCUGUUUCAACUAAAAGAGUUGGUUCUAUGAUAUGCAAAAGCAUAAAAAAUUUAUAAGAUUUACCAACAGGGUGCAGCACUAUUAUUUUUUUCAUUAUUUAUGAAAACAGCUAAUUUGAACUAAGCAGCAACAAAAAACUGUGAUACACAAUGAGAACUGUCAAAGUGGGAUUGUUUACAGUUAUGUUUAUGUUUUUAAUUUCAUGAAUAAUUUAUGAUAUUUUGCGAAUUUUUAAAAUCUAUCUUUCUCUAUUGUGUAGGUGAAGUAGUAGAACAUUAUGGCUAUGGUAGAUGUGUAAUACUAUCGCAUACCGUAAAAUUGAGGAAGCAAAUUUUCUCAAACCGUGUUUUCUCACAUCGCAAACGCAAAGAUCGGGUAUAACUGCAAUAAGCAUUUUAUACUUAUUUGUCAACCCCGUACGAAGGACGGGUACUCUGCUAGUAGGGAAUAAAUGUGAUAUUUUUAAGGAGACAUUUUAGUGUAAAUCCAAUCAGGCAAAUGGAAAUUUGCUUAGUCUGCAGGUUUGCUGCGGCGGGGGGUAUUUCAUAACUCCAAACAUAAAGUAUUUUGAUGACAGCUGAUAUCAAAGAAACCUGUUUCCCAAGCUCUUGAUUUUCCCUUACUCUAAAUACAUUUACUAUCCUCUACUCUCAAUCAAUUGGGGAAUUCCUGGGUCUCAAAAGAUUAAAUUAACUUUCAUUUAGCAAGCUAUCGUAAUAUGGAAGUUAGUACUAUUGUAGGUAUGUAGCAAAAAACUAGGUUUUAAUUUUGUACUAUCUCAGUAACUUAAGAAAAGAACCCAAGUUUCCGUGCAAUUUGAAACUGACACAUAAUAUAGAUUUAAUUUGCUUGAAAUGACAAUUUGUUAAAAUCUGUCCUUAAUAGGUAGUUGUGUUAAACAUAUACCUUAGACUCUCAAAGUUCAAUACAAGUAAGGCUGACAGUUAAUCAGGAUUCAAAUAUUCCAAUAAAUCAGUUUUCCUAGAGUCAGUCAUAACUUAACCAUGCAUCCUUCAGAAUGAUGGUAACGGCAGAUAAAAGGCUACUAUUGCUGUCGCCCUGUAAGUGUAGUAUUAAACAAUUCAACACUGCAUACAAUGCAAUGCAUUAAUUAGCAAAGCCCAACUUAUCUUCACAAACCAAACAACCGAGGGCAUUAAAAAGAGUGUCUACAGUUACAAAAAUGCCACAUAAGUAAUUUUAUUUGUUCGCUACAGAAAAUAAAAAAUAAAAACAACGGUUUUUUCCAGAAAAUUAAAGGCAGGAAACUGGCGAAAUAUCGUCUUACAAAUUUGUUAUUUAAUCAGUUCAUUUAAGUUAAUAUUCCAUUUUACCAGUCCAGAUUUUCCAGAGUGCAUAUUUUUUUAUGGGAGUCUACGGUACAUGACAAAAGAUUCUUUUUUUGAAACAUUUAUACUCCAUUAGUUUUAAGUUAUUGUUUGUAACGUUAAAGUGUACAAAGUUUAUUUAUUUAGAACUGAAGUUGGCUUUGUGUUUAUUGUGUGUAAUAUUUGUAAUUUAGUACUGUACUUUUAUAAUGCAUUCAUCACUUUGAUAAAUAGUUUAAAUUUAUCAAUGCAUACCUUAACAGGGCUGGCCUAGAGAUCAAUUUCUGUGUAUACAAAUAUUUAUUUUGUAACUUAUUUGACUUGAAAUCUGUCUUUAGUUGGUCAAAUGCUACGUCAUGGUCUGCUUCAGUUGGUUUUCCCAUGUAUCAACCAAUUUGUAGAUAGAUUAUACAUUUAAACUGACACUUUUUAUCAAUCUACUCUGCAAAGAAUUAUGUUUGUACCUGUUUGACUCAAACCUCUGAUUUUCUCUGAUAAACUACCUGUAGGCCUACUCCAUCUCCAUUCAAAACAGCUCCUUACUACAGAUUUAAUUUAUAGACUGCUUGUAUUAUGAAAAUAGAUUUUUAAUGACUUAUAAUUUUUAUCCAUUCCACUGACCACUUUACAAAUCAGUUGCAUCAUAAAUGGCAAUGUAUCUAUUUUUUAAUCUUUAUAUUUUUAUCUGUUUAACUAAAGGUUAAACAUAUUAUUAACAUAUUUAAAAGAUCAAAGGGUGUAUGCCCUUGGAUAAUUUAAUAACUUGGCCAGCCCUGCAAGUAGUUAUGACUUAGUUUCAUUGUUCCAUUCAACUAAUGAAGUGCUAUAAUUCAUAAUAUAUUGUUACUUAUCAUUAACUUUAAGUUAUGAAUCAAGAAUGUAUUUGACCAUUCACCAAUUACAUGAUAUCAGUCUCGUCAUAAAAAUUAUAAAAUGUUGUAAAUAAACAUAAGUUAAUAAAAGAUUAGUAGCCUACAAAUAAAGAUAAAUCUUAUGUUAACAUUUAACUCCAAUCCAGGGUGUUACUGGUCAAUGCAACUUGUAUAACUGGAACUUCUUGUUUUACUUGUAUAAUACUUUGUUUUUAUUUAAAUCUGAAAGGGUGUUGUAAGGUAAUGAUUAUUUUACCAUUUUACCAAUCAGGGUGAUGUAUUUAUAAGUAUCAGUAGUAUUGAUGUCUAAGAAUACUAAUAUGCUAUUUCAUUGAUCAAGUUGAACCCGCCUUAAUAGACUGUGGCUUUAAAAAUCAUCAGAUAUCUGCCAUAGAGAGAAGGUAAAUGAAGAAUUGUUUUGCAUACAUUUAAUUUUGACUUUUUUCUCAAUUUUAUUAAUUUAUACAAAUCAUACUGUUAGAUAAGAAUCAACAAAACCAUGAAACGCCUCUAUAAGCCCAUUUUUUGGCUACUUUGACCUUAUAUAAAACACUGUAAUUUAUAUAUGUUUUUGAUGAGGAUAUUUUUUACCUCGCUAUUUAUUUAAUUCUUAUACAAAACAUAAAUAUACAGGGUGGCUGAAAAGUAACUUGCACCCCCACUUAACUCUUUAACUAUUUGAGAUAUUUGAAAUCGGUUUGCGGCAACUUGUUUGAAUAUGAAGGGCUACAAUAAUUAUGGUCAGUUUUGAAAAUUUUGCCAGCGGGGGUAGGGGGUAGCUCAAAAUGUUCAAAUAGCAAGUAUAGUCGAGUUUGGUAUCAUUUUGUAGAUCUUGACGAAACAUAACAAUUAACAUAAAGUAAAUAGACAUCGGACCAUUAGUAACGAAAUGGCAGUUCAAAAUUACUUUAAAUAACCAUUGUCUCAAUAAUUUUUAGCUGCCAUUUUGUUAUUAAUGGUCCGAUUUCUAUUUUCUUUAUGUUAUUUGUUAUGUUUCGUCAAGACCUGUUACAUGAUACCAAUCUCGACUAUACUUACUAUUUGAACAUUCUGAGCUACCCCCUACCCCCACACCCCUAAGGGCAAAAUUUUCAGAAUUGACCUUAAUUAUUGUAGCCCCUUAUAUCGAAGAAGGUUGUCGCAAACCGAUUUCAAAUAUCUCAAAUGGUUGAAAAGUUUAAGUGUGUGCAAGUUAAUUUUUUGCCACCCUCAUGGUUAUUUGGAUUUGAAACGUUUUAGGGCGCCAUUUUGUUAUUAGUGAGCCGAUUCUGGUUUUCUUUAUGUCAAUAUUUUUGUUUUGUCAAGACCUGUAAAAUGAUACCAAACUCGACUAUACUUGUCAUUUGAAAAUUUAGCCCCUCAUAUCUAAGAAGGUUGCCGCAAACCGAUUUCAAAUAUCUCAAAUGGUUGAAAAGUUAAAGGGGGGUGCAAGUUACUUUUCAGCCACCCUGUAUAUGUGUGUUGCAACUGUUAAGUAUUCUAUUCCUCAUACUGUACUGUUAUGUGUAUAACCUACUUAAUAACUACUGUACUUGUUAAGAGUUUAGUAAUUCAUAUUUUGUACAAACAAUGGUAUAUUAAUGUAUU